AUGGGGGGAAAGAGGAGAAGAGAGGCUGCUGUAGCAGAAGAUGCUGCAGCAGCAGCAGCAGCAGACGAUGCUGUUGCAGCAAAAGGCGCAGGGACAGCAGCAGCAGCAGCAGGUCGCCGAGGCACUCUGCUGCAGCGCAAAAUGCAGCGGCUGAUGCCUGCAACAUCAGCAGCAGCAGCAGCAGCAGAGCUGCCGGAGAUCACGCUUCCUGUGCGGGGGCCUGACGGUGUAUGGACAACACCGACUGCGCAGCAGCAGCAGCAGCAGCAACAACAACAGGAAAAACAGGAGCAGCAGCAGCAGCAGCAACGUGAGAAGAGCCGCCACAAGGAGAAGAAAAAACAGCAGCAGCAGGCAAAGGGAGCAACCGCUGCUGGCCCAACCAGCAGCAGCAGCAGCAGCAGCAGCAGCAGCAGCAGCAGCAAGAAGAAUAAAGAAGACGAGGAGAUAUGCGAAUCCGCCUGGGCGGUGGUUCGUCGUUGCAAGACACUGCAGCAGAAGAAGCAGGAAAUUGCAGCAGCAGCAACACGCGUAAUGGGGGCCCCCGAGCAUUCACCAGAAGAUAUGGAUAUUCUCUUUGCCUUCUGCAGCCACAGCAGAUCUGCUGCAGCUGCUGCAACGGCAGCAGCAGCUGCUGCUGCAGCAAAGGGAGAGUCAGAAGAACAGCAGCAGCAGAGAAAAUUGAAGAUACAAGAGCUGCUGCACACGCAGCAGCUCGCCAUCUUGUCGCUUGCUGCAGUGCUGCGGGAUGUGCUGCCGCAGCACCGCUUGACAGCAGCAGCAGCAGCUGAAACAGCAGCAGCAGCAGCAGCAGAUGCAGCGAAGAGUGGCAACAAAUCUGCUGCUGUGAAGGCAUUCAGGCUCUCUAAAGAUGUAGAGAAGCAGCAGAAGCAUGAGCAGCAGCAAAUCCGCACCCACAAGAGGUUUGUGUUGCUGCUGCAGCAAGAGCUGCAGCCGCUUCUAGAGCGCAAGCCAGGAAGCAACAACAGCAGCAGCGAGUUGCUUGUUGCAACAGCAGCAGCAAGAGCAGCAGCAGAAGUUGUUUCGGCUAUCCCCAUAUUCAACGACAGCGACACCUCUUUGCUGCGGCUGUCAGUCAAGGCAGCAGCAGCAGCGACAGCAGCAGCAACAGAGCUGCAGCAGCAGCAAGAGGAAGACGGGAGAACACCAAAGCGACAGCAGCAAGUGCUGCUGCUGCAGCAAGCCAGCAGCAGCAUCACAACAGCGCUGCAGCACGUUAUUGCGCUGGACAAGGAGCUCCAUACAGCAGCAACAGUAAUUGAGGUGUGCGUACAGCAAGCCACAGCCCUUGCACUGCAGCAGCAGCAGCAGCCGAAGCGGCAGCAGCAGCAGCAGCAGGAGCAGCAAAAGCAGCAGCGGAGACAGAUAAGAUAUGCACAAAGUGCUGCUGCAGCUGCAUUGGUUGACGUCGUACUGAAGAUUGAGCUCGGAAAGAAGAAGGUGGUGUGGCUGUUGUUCAGCUCCAUUCACGCGGAUUUGAAGUCGCUGCAAAAGUUCGAAGCAAAAAUCCUCCAGACGCUCUUUGUUCUCUACGCCAAGACCCUGCGUUCUCCUGAGAUCGCUGGAGCGCCCUUGGUGCUGGCAGCCCUGCGGGGUGUCUGUACAUUCGGAGACUUCGUUCGUGACGACUUGCUGCUGGAUUUUCUGGUGCUGCUGCGUGAAGCAGCAGCAGCAAACUCCACGUUGCUGCUGCAGUUGGGGCCAGCAGCAGCAGCGGCCUGGGUCCUUGUGCCGCUGCUGCUUGCCCGCAAACUAAGGAGCGCUCUGCAGACGGAUUGCGUCUGGGCUUCGGAGUGCAUCACUAGUCUGUUGGCUGCUGCCCUCCCUCAGUUUGCUGCAGGGCAGAGCGGCACUGCAGCAGAAGGAGCAGCUUCAGCAGCAACUACUCUGUUGCAGCAGGAGCACAGCAGCGGCAAAUCCUUCUUUGGAGCGUGCAACAGCAGCAGCAGCAGCAGCAGCAACACCUUCGACACGGGGUUUGCCUGCAAGUUGCUGCGUGGUCUCGAGCUGCUGCAGCAGACGCCGCAGCUAUGGGGUGGUGGGGGGGCGCAGCAGCAGCUGCAGCAGCAGAUUGUGCGUGCUGCAACAACCUCUCGAGGUCUAGCUGCUGUUCGUGUGCAGGAUGACUUGGGGUGUAUGGUGAACUGCAGCAGCGGCAGCACAGGAAGCAGAGCUUGUGUGGAGGCGUUGCUGCCGCUAGGUGCUGCAUUUCUUGCUGCUGCCCCCGUUGCUGAUCUUCCUAUUGGCAAGCAAAUCGUACGGAGGGUACGUAUGUCUCUGCUGCUGCUGCAGUUGUGCUGCAGCUGGCUACCCUGUUGCGCUCACCUUGCUGUCGCUGCUGCUGCUGCUGCUCUUACUGCUGCUGCUGCUGCUGUUCCAGUUGCUGCAGCAGGCGUUGUGGUGCUCUGUCUGCCGCAGCUGCUGCGGCUGUUGCAGCAAAUGCCGCGCCUCAGCUACGCAGUAACACCUGAAGGAGCCACAGAUGCAGGCACCUCAUUCCACUACUUGCUGCUGCUGCUGACAGCCAGCUGCGACCCCCAGACGAGCGACGCUGCCUUAGCUGCACUUGGACUUGUUCCGGAGCAGCAGCAGCAGCUGCUGCAGCAGCUUGGUCAGCAGCAGAAGAGGAGGAAGCUGCUAGAGCAGCAUGGUGGUGCUGCAACAGAAGCAGCACGCACAACGUGCAGCGUCUGUGCAGCAGCAGACUGUACAGCCAUGGAUUUCUGCUGCUUUGCUGCUGCAGAUGAGCAGCAAAUGCUGCGGCAGCUGUUCAUGCAUGCGCCGCAACCAGCACCACUCAACUGCGAGCAGCUUGCUGCCCCCUCUGCUGCUCGAGGUGCUGUUAAAGCUGCAAGAGCUGCUGCUGCUACUGCUGCUGCUGCUGCUGCCCAGCCUCGCGCCUCUACGACUGGCAGCAAUCCCUCUCCAGAACACCAGCAGCAGCAGCAGCAGCAACAACAACCGCAGCAGCAGCAGCAGCAACCGCAGCAGCAGCAGCAGCAACCGCAGCAGAAGCAGCAGCAACUGCAGCAGCAGCAGCAGCAGCAGCAUCAGCAGUUGCUGCAAAAGCAAGAAAAACAGCUACAACCCCGCCAGCAGACGCCGCUGGAGCAGCAGCACACCGAGAACCAACAGAACGGCAGCAGCAGCAGCAGGAACUGUGCUUCAUUCCGCAGACGCCAGCGCAGACGUGCAGCAGCAGCAGCAGCAGCUGCUGCUGCUGCUGCUGCUGCUGCUGCUGCAGGCCCUUCUGCUCCAGAUGCUGCAGCUGGACCUGCAGCAGCUGCUGAAGCCGUGCCUGCUGGAGAUGCGGCAGCUGUUCCUACAGUAUCUGCUGCAGCACUUGCUGCAGCAGCUGAUGCAGCACCACCUGCAGCAGAUAGUGCAACAGUACCUGCAGCACCUGCUGCAACAGUACCUGCAGCAGCUGAUGCAGCAGCGCCUGCUGUGGCUGCUGUAGCAGAUACUGCAGCAGAUACUGCAGCAUCUAGGGCAGCUGUUGCUGCAGCAGCUGCUACAGCAGAUACUGCAGCUGUUCCUGCAGCAGCUGCUGCAGCAGACACUGCAGCUAUUCCUGCAGCAGCUACUGCAGCGGUGCCUUCUGGGGAAGCAGCAGGAGUGCCUGCAGCAGCUGUUGCAGCAGCGCCUGCAGUACCGUGCGCGGAUGCGUCUGUUGAGUGA